AUGCCCUACUAUUCGACUUCUCUCACAGAGCUGACCGAGCUGUCCUGGUCCUCAGGAUACAGUACAGCGGCCAAGGGUCCAGACUCAGAGGGCUCGUCCAUGUCACCAUCCGCCUUCAAUGACACGCGUGAGUCAAAAGCAAAGCUGUACGUGGUAGGUGCACUCCUGUUUGUGCUGGUGAUGUCCGUCACUGCUAUGCUGCUCAUGGAGAGGCAGAGUGCCGAGCAGCGAAAGUACGAGCAAGAAACCGCCACCACAGAUGCCGAGGAGGAAGUCUGGUUCCACACGUUACCCGGGACUAAGAAGGCAGCUGUGGGCCGUGCGGAGACCUCGCGUCCGAAGAAGAUAUCCACUGUGCACAAGACCAACGGGUCUACAGCACGGCCCAAGUCUCUAGCCCCAUCGUCGCUGCUUCACUCCACAUCAUCCCCAAAGGUUGUAGCAAAAAGAAGCACUAAGCCGACAUCGCAAAGCCUACAUUCCUCUACUGUCAGGCUACAACCGAAAUCAGAGCCUAGUUCCCCGCACCCUCCCAAAACCGAAACGUCCUUUCCAGAAAGAAAGACGCCGCAAAUACCCGAAGUGCAGUCGUCCGCAGCACCCGGCAACUCGACUUUGGGACCUCCACAAGCGGGACGUCCGUUGAUCGUCUGCGUGGUGGGAGGCCAGCUUCGCACCACCGUGCCUCCACCCGAUGGCCUGUGCGUGUUCAUGAUUUUCGAGCACGUCAGAGUUGCAAGGCAAUCUCGUGACUUCAUCGCCUCUUCCAACCAGGUGGCCUUCGACAACUUCAUGAAAAUGGCGGCAGGCAAUAGAACUGAACAGUUUCUGCUUUCUCUGAGCUCUGCCCUGGAGUACGACGAGAGCCUCGAGGUGCACGACCACGCCGUGGCCAUCAUGCGGAGGUACCGCGACCAAAACGUGCUGGGUUACGGGUUCGCGCACUACCAGGUAGCCAGCACGGGCAUCGACAGCGGCAAGCUAUGGAAACAUCACAGCAUGCUCGCCAACCUGAGACACUGGUCGAAGGAUCCGGUCAUCCUGUUCCUAGGACUCGAACUCUAUCACCAGCGAAGCUACUCAGACGUGUACAUCACUGGACUUGUGGCUGAAGCAGCCGCAUCCAUGGACUUCCUUAUUCUCCGCACCCACAUAACCACACCACCGAGCCUGGCGUCGAAUCAUUGCCGAGUGGAGCUCAUCAGCAGCUGGACGAAAGAUGCCCUGAACAACAAGCUGCUCUUGAGUGUGGGAGAAGCUGCACGUGUCCUGAAUUCGUCGAGGCUCGAACGUGACGUGACUGUGCCUCUGCUGCUGUCGCACUCGCUCGCCGUGGUCGAAUAUGAGGUGGAUAAAGACUCCCAGGCACAGCAACCCCGACUCCUAAGUCUCAAAUGCAGCAAACAUUCCCUUCAGCCAUUCCACACGGUUUGCCAUUCAAACUCGACAUACCUGAAAGGCGGACGGACGAAACCAACAUUCAGCCACUACGAUGACGACCCUGAGAACGGGCACUGGCGAACCUACAAGACAGCUGUGGACAUGGUGAACGAAAUACAAUCUGUGGCGUACAGUGCGGAUCCCUUGGUGACUGCGAGAUUCGGCUGGGCCUUCUACGACGUCGACCUCGAGGACUAUGGCGGCGACUGCGGAAAUUAUUGGCGCAUUGAGCGGGGAACCUCCAGAGGCAGCAAGGCUGCGGCCUACUACCGACUGAAGAAUGCCGUGCGACAGCUGAGCGCCCUAAGCACCAGAGAGCCCGCGGUUCGGAAAAUUCAGAAAGCACAGGCGUUUAUGAAGUUACACAGAAUAGGACGCCUUCUUUAAGAGGGUAGAAGCGUCGUUACAUGAAGAUUGAGAUGACUUCCAAGAAGUAAAGCCCUCAUGCUCUCGACUCUGAUUAUUCGCAACUAUAGGAAAGUUAGCUAUUUUUUUAAGGU